GGCUCCCACAGUCUGGAUGCUGCCGAGACCGUAAGGUUUACCGGGCUGGACCAACCGAAGCAUCUGCCUGUGUCUGCCUGCCGUCUAACAGGCUUUAUUGUUCACCGGUGCCGAAAGUGAAGGAAAAGCGCCUUUUGAGGAUAUAACAAAGGAAGUUGAACCAUGUGUUCCAGCUCAGCAACGGUGCGUAUUCUUAUAAAAGGAGGUAAAGUGGUGAACGAUGACUUCACGCAAGAAGCGGAUGUGUACAUCGAGAAUGGCAUUAUCCAGCAAGUGGGCAAGGAGCUGAUGAUCCCGGGUGGGGCCAAGGUUAUAGAUGCCACAGGAAAGCUGGUGCUUCCGGGUGGCAUAGACACCAGCGUCCACCUGAACGAGAGCUUCAUGAACGCCAACACCGCGGAUGACUUCUACAGCGGCACCAAGGCCGCUCUGGCUGGAGGCACCACUAUGGUGAUUGGUCAUGUGCUGCCAGAGAAGAACGAAUCAUUGCUGGACGCUUAUGAAACGUGCCGCUCUCACGCUGACGCCAAGGCCUGCUGUGAUUACGCUCUUCAUGUGGGAGUGACCUGGUGGGGACCAAAGGUUAGGGCUCAAAUGGAGACACUGGUGCGGGACAAAGGGGUGAACUCCUUCCAGAUGUUCAUGGCAUAUAAGGACAUGUUCAUGCUGAGGGACAGCGAGCUGUUUCAGGCCCUGCAGAACUGUAAGGACAUCGGUGCUGUGGCCCGCGUCCAUGCGGAGAAUGGAGAGCUGGUUGCGGAGGGUGCCAGAGAAGCGCUGGAUCUGGGUAUCAGCGGACCGGAGGGCAUUGAGAUAAGCAGACCCGAGGAGCUGGAAGCAGAGGCCGUCCACCGAGCUAUUACCAUCGCUAACAGAGCCCACUGUCCCAUAUAUCUUGUGAAUGUGUCCAGCAUGUCGGCAGGGGAUGUUUUAGCAUCUGCUAAAAUGCAGGGGAAAGUGGUGCAUGGAGAGACGACCACUGCUCACGCCGUCUUAAACGGGAUGCAGUACUACCACCAGGAAUGGGUCCAUGCAGCCGCUUUCGUCACUGUGCCACCACUCAGACUCGACCCCAACACACCCAAUUACCUGCUCAGCCUCCUGGGAAAUGACACUCUGAACGUUGUGACGUCGGACCACCGACCCUUCACCACGAAACAGAAGGCGAUGGGCAAAGACGACUUCACUAAAAUCCCUCACGGUGUUCCUGGGGUGCAGGACCGCAUGAGUGUUAUUUGGGAGCGGGCAGUGGUCGGAGGCAAGAUGGAUGAGAAUCGUUUUGUGGCUGUCACAAGCUCCAAUGCUGCAAAGAUCUACAACCUUUACCCCAGGAAGGGCAGGAUCAUCCCUGGAGCCGAUGCUGACGUAGUCGUCUGGGAUCCAGAAUCAACAAGGACCAUCUCUGUGACCACUCAGUGGCAGGGUGGGGAUGUAAAUCUGUACGAGAACCUGCGCUGUCACGGCGUCCCGCUGGUAACCAUCAGCCGCGGUCGCGUGGUCUAUGAAAACGGCAUCUUCACCUGCGCUGAGGGCUCAGGAAAGUUCUACCCUCUCCGAACCUUCCCAGACUACCUCUACAAGAAAAUGGUGCAGAGGGAGAAGUGUCAAGCGCUCAAGGGGGUGGAGCGCGCGCCCUACACUGGAGAUGUGGCCGCGGUGCAGAAUUCAGGGAAGAAGGAAGUGGGCCCUGCAGAUGGGGACAUGAACCCACGACCCUGCACGCGCCACGGAGGGAUGAGAGACCUACACGAGUCAAGCUUUAGUUUGUCUGGAGCCCAAAUCGACGACAACGUUCCAAAGAGAGCUUCCGCGCGGAUUCUGGCGCCACCUGGCGGUCGCUCGAGUGGAAUCUGGUAACCUCUCAGAUCAACACUUACUGAAGUCUGCAACCGAACACCUACAUUUUUGACAACCUCACAUCUGAUAAAAAUGAUUUAAUUUGUAAUCACUCGCAACUAAAUUCCUGUGUUUUUUCUUUUUUUAUAUAUAUAUAUAUAUAUAUAUAUAUAUAUAUAUAUAUAUAUAUAUAUAUAUAUAUAUAUGUCUGUAUACAAGGGAAAAAUAUAUUGGGAAAACAAGGUACACGUCGGAAAAAACAUGUAAGAUCCAAAAUGUUACAGGGUGUUUAGUUCUUCAUAUUCAGUCAAAUGAAAUGGUGAAGGUCGUGUCCGAUUGCAACACUGUUGUAGUGCUAAAUAAAUGACGGAAAACUUUUACUAAUUGUUUUUGUUAACAGUACCUUUUCACGUAAGCUGCCAUUGAACCUGUUUUAAAAAGUUGUUUUAAGGAUGGAACGUUAUUAGUUCUCGUAUUUGGUCAUGGCUUGAAAAUGUGAACCAUUGUAAAGUUAUUUAAUAUUUGAACUGUUUUAAUGUGUUGGCGGAUGACUAUACGUUUACCUCAGUGUUUAUCUCUGGAGCUACACUCGUGUACAUUAGCGCUCUUACAGCGACCAGCUGACCAGACCUUGACGGCAGGUACAACUAAUUCUAGGCGCUGGACACGCGCUUAUUUUUACUAUCUUAUUCUCGAGACUCCAAAUUUCGAGAGGAUUGUUUCUCUGUUGGCGACACGGGCCGCAUUCAGUUCAUAAGAAGCGUUUUCGAUUCUCUUAAUGUCAUUUAUGAGCACACACACGCACCCGACCUUGUGAAAUGUGAAUAAAGUAUAACAUUGUUUGCAAUGUUGCAUAUCAAGUUUAGCUGUGUAACGAACCUACAAAAGACUUUUCUUUUUCAAUUUUUAUCUGCUAAGUCUACAUUCCCUGUCGGUGUUACAGGCGCUUAACGAGUUAUCCUUCGUAACGAUAGCAUCUUGUUUGCCGUGUAGCUUUAUGUCCGUUCUACACUGAACACCGGACCGCCACGAGCGUCCGAUCCCGUCGGUUGUUCACUGAACUUUAACACUGUGCAUUAGUGACUAUUGAUCCGCAUGCUCCAAAAACAAGUCAGAAAAUCUCUGCUUCACUUCUGAUGGACACUAACCGACCCUGUUAAAAGACACCGGACCGCUAACCGAGGCAUGUGUUCUGUUUGUACGUGUGCGUCGUCUAACCAAGCACUUGAAAACCUUCUUUAGAGACCGUUCCAAACACAGUAACUUUAGCUGUACGAUGUUCCAGUGACGCGAGCAGUAGAAUGGCGAGAACGUUUCCGUUGGUGCUGAAUAUUCAUGUAUUUUUUUAUUCUGGAUUUUCAGUAUGCUUUUCAAUUUUUUAAUAUGAGCUGUGUAUGCACUACAGUUGUACGUGUUAACGUAUUAUGUUUAUCUCAUGAGAAAGUGCAAAUAAAACCCCCUUCAACCUCA